AGAGGAAGAUGGAAAGAGGUUGGCUCCAUGGGGAGGGACUCCUCCUCUGCCUCCUUCUCCACCUGCUGCUUCAAGGAAGAGGAGACACUUUUGCCAUCAAUUGCUCAGGCUUUGAGCAGCACGGAGUGGAUCCUGCUGCCUUCCAAGCAGCAUUUGACAGAAAGGCCUUCCUCCCGAUCACCAACUACAGCAACCCCGUCCGUGUCAACAUCUCCUUCACCCUGUCUGCCAUCCUGGAAGUGAAUGUACAGCUUCAAAUGAUGACAUCGUUCCUGUGGCUAAGUAUGAAAUGGUACAAUCGGUUUAUCGGGUGGAACCCAGAGGAAUGUGGGGGCAUCAGGAAGCUCAGCAUAGCAACUGAAAACCUGUGGCUUCCAGAUAUCUUCAUCCAAGAGUUGUUAACUGUGGAUCAGGCACCUACGGGGCUCAUGGCUUAUGUCAACAGUGAAGGGCAAGUCCGAUACGGCAGGCCAAUAAAGGCGAUCACCAUCUGUAACCUGGACAUCUUCUAUUUCCCCUUUGACCAACAAAACUGCACCUUCACCUUUAACUCUUUCAUCUACACAGUGGAGAACAUGGUCCUGGGCAUGGAGAAGAAAGUGCAAGAGAUUUCAAACAUAUCACAGAACCUCAUCCAGAGCAAGGGGGAGUGGGUACUUCUGAGUAUCCACCAGAGCACAAAGAAGACGACUGUGGGCACCGACCAGUACGACCAACUCGUUUUCCACGUGGCCAUCAGGCGCAGGUCAAAACUCUAUGUCAUAAACCUUCUGGUGCCCAGUAGCUUUCUGGUUGCCAUCGACGCCCUCAGCUUCUACCUGCCAGCAGAAAGCCAGAACCGCGCCCCAUUCAAGAUGACCCUUCUGCUGGGCUACAACGUCUUCCUCCUCAUGAUGAAUGACUUACUCCCAGAUACUGGCACCCCCCUCAUCAAUGUCUACUUUACUGUCUGUCUGUCCCUGAUGGUGCUCAGCCUGCUGGAGACCAUCUUCAUCACCUACCUGCUAAACCUGGCCACCACCCAGCCCCCACCCAUGCCCCCAUGGCUCUGUUCCCUGCUUCUGCACUGCACCAGCCCAAUGAAAUGCUGUCCCACUGCUCCCCAGAGGGGAAACAAGGACUUGGGCCUCACCCUUGCCCACCUGCCUGGUCUGAAGGAGCCCAUGGAAUUUGUGGGGAAGGUGCCAGGUCCCCAAGAGGCAGAGUCAAAUGGUUGCCCUGGGUCAGCAAGAAUCUGUCAGGAAGGUGCGGUUCAGAAGCAGCACUUGGUCAGCCUGUGGAUACAGUUCAGCCGCAUGAUGGACACCCUGCUGUUCCGCCUCUACCUGUUCUUCAUGGCCACCUCCGUCAUUACAGUCAUUGUCCUCUGGAACACCUAGGCAGAUGCCCACCUGCAAGCUCUAGUCUGCAGCUUCUGUUGCCUCCAAAAACCAGCCGGGCUCUCAUGCCUAUUCAAAUCCCAGCCUCACAGCCCUGACAGCCACCUCAUUUUUCAAUCCAGU